CCUUGCUCUUCUUUGAUUCCAACUUGCUAGUUCAUUUUUAUUAAACUCUUUUUUUUAUUGCUUUAUUUUUAUAUUAUAUUAUAUAUACAACUUUUACUAUUCCUCCUCUUCUACAAAGGUGUAAAGACAUUUAUUAAUCUUAAUAUUAUAUAUAUAUAUAUAUAUAAUUAUAUAUAAACAUAACGCAUAAAAAAAAAGGAUCGACUAUAUAUCUCUAUAUAUAUAUAUAUGUAUAUAUAUAUAUAUAUAUAGUUCUAUAUAUUUAAAAAAAUAAUAAUUAACAACAUAUACACAUAAUUAUUCCUUCGAUUGUACAUAUCGCCCUCUUAUCUUUCAAGCUUUGAUGACCCACGCCAUGUCCGACUCCCCCGCAUCAGAUCCCACAAGCACCUACAGUACCCCAAUGUCGGAUGAUGUCGAAACCUAUGUUGACCAAUCUCAUCAACAAACCGAGUCACACCAAGAUACCGGCAAGAGACUCGCCACAGAACCACCUGUCGAUACCACAAAAGACGCCAAGGUGCGAAAGACAGACGAAAAGGAGUAUGUAGCUCUCGAUUCAUCCGUAGUGGCCAAGCCCAAGGAGGCUGACGAGAAUAUGCCCGAUAUAAACUGUUCACCCAACCCUCCUGGAUUAUCGGACCAACAAACACAGCAACAGCAAGUGCAGCAAGUACAACAGCAGCAAGCACAGCAAGCACAGCAAGCACAACAAGCAAGUGGUCAGGACCUUGCCAACCUGACUGCAUCCUCACUAGCUCAAGCUAUGGUGUCUCCGAUUGCCGUUCCCGGCCUUACCCAGAACCUUCUGCAGCACCUCCAGGGUGGUAAUGUCAUCACAGCCCUUCCAGGACCUCCUCCCCAGAUUCCCCCUUCGUCUGGAAACCAUUCUCAGUCGAAUAACGAUGGCAUGUCUUCGGAUGACGGGCAGCCCGGGAAACGUGGACCGAGCGUUCGUAAUAUGUCCAAUGAUGAACGUCGGCAGAGGCGGCUGUUGCGGAACCGAGUUGCGGCCAAAGAGUGCCGCAAGAAAAAGAAGCAGUAUAUCCAUGAGAUGGAAGAGAAGAUCCAGCGGCUCGAAGACGAAAACGCUCGUUUGCAUAAGGAAGUAGAGGAGCUUAAUGCAAAACUGACACUUGGUGCUAUGCAAGGUUCGGAGAGUUAUCGAUUAAUGAAAGAGGUCGAAGAAUUGAAUGCGAAAUUGGGUAUGGGCCAUCUGCCAGGUGGAAAUAGUGCACUGACAGCGGCUCAGCAGCAGCAACAACAACAUCAUCCUUUACAAGCACAGGAUUCACAGUCAAUCUCCAAAGAUUCUUUGAAAGACGAAAAGGUUAAGGCACAACACAUGUCUGAACUGGAAAGUCAGUUGUCAGCAGCUCAAAGAACAAUGGAAGAGGCUGAGGCAGGCAAAAAUUAAAUACGAAUUCCAAAAAUCUAACUACUCAUAUAAAAAAAAAACCUCUUAUUUCUCUUCCAUCUCCUCCUCCUCAUCUUCUUCUUCCUCCCCUCCUCUUCCUCUUCAUCAUUUAUAUAUAUAAUAUAUAUACAUAUGCAUAUGUAUAUAACAUGUAUAUAUAUAUAUAUAUAUAUUUUCAUACAUACAUACAUACAUACAUACAUACAUAUAUAUAUAUAUAUGUAUAUAUUUAUCUCUUACUCACUCACUCACUCACUAUCCCUCUCUCCCUCUAUCACUGUCACUGUCACUGUCACUGUCACUACCACUACCACUACCACUACCACUACCACUAUCUCUCCAUCUCUCCCCAUUAUAUCUAUUGCCCUCUUGCUCAAUCAUUUUUUUUUCUCUUAGCAGACUUACUUUAUAGUUUUCCCUCUACCUCAUAAAAAACUUGCAAAGUAUCUAUUUUUUUUUUU